AUGGAGGCACAGUUGUGUCGGUCUGGAUCUCAGUGUCCAGAUUCAGCUCCGUGCUGUAGGAGUUACAGAACUGGUAUAUCACUUCCACCAUCAGAAGGAAUGGACUUGCCCAUGGAAGCACAAAUUGGGAUAUGUUCGUCACGUCUGGCAAGAGAAACCGAAUCAUGUGGUCCCUCUUGUGCAUGCGCACCAGGACUUGAAUGCUACAGACUUCGAACAGGGAUGUGUUGUGCGCCAUUUUCUUGCUACAACGCCACCUGGGUAAAGGAAAUGGAGGCAUACUGGAGGAGAUGUCACAGGGACCCAGCCUGCCGUUUACCAAUGUAAACUUACAUAUUU